CAACGUCAAAGUAUCCCGUCUAUCAUCACCGUCUUCGGUGCUCACGUGCGUCCGGUAAGAGAAGUCAAACGCGUUGGAUCGGAGCUCGCGCUGGCUCCUGUUGCCACAGCAACCACUGAGGAGAAAUCCGUGCAGCUUCAGAUGCUGGAGCAUUACCGCAAUGAGGGGGAUGUAGCUGUUGUGGUCGGACAGAUGGGACCUCGAGAUUGACUGUGACUCACCACAAAGCGACGAGAAAAGGAAAAUGUGUCGGUAAUAGACAAUUAUUAGGGUCGGAGACUGUUUUCUGAGGCGCAAUCAAGACCUGAGGUUUUUGCAGAAGGAACAAAGAGCUUCAAGAACUCAGAGGACAAUAUAAGCAUUCAUAGUUGAAAGUCAUGAUCAAGUGUAGCCAUUACUAGAAGAAGAACAUAUCUGACAGUAUUCAGGAUGAUUCUGCUGACUUUAUCUGAAUCUGUGAUUCUUCCACCUCAUUCCUGAAUCAGUUAUGGAUAACGAGGCAAAAACACACUCCGUGUCCAGACUCUGAUUUCAAAGGAACUGGCAGACGCUUGACAGCCGUGCUAUGGAAUAUUUUUGGACCUCUCUGGUGUCAACUGACUUGAUUUCUUUGUCUCUUCGGUUUUGUCUUUUUCAUGCUGGAAAAACCCAAGUAAGUUCUGGAACUGAGCUUGGAAAGUGAAUGGAGAUCAAUGCAAGCAAUGAAUUUGCAUAUUGUUGCAUUUGAGCUUUUUCUGCUUGUCAUAUAAUACAUUAUGGUGUCAUAUCAUGGACAUAUAUUAAGCUUUCUGUCAGGACUAAGUUUGAUUCUGUGGACUUCUAAUCAGCAUUUUGUGCUGCAAGCUCUUGAAAAGAUGAAUUUAAGCAAUCGUUGUUGGUGAAAAACAAACACAAAGCAGAUAAACAAGGUCUAACAAGGAGGGUGCUCAGGUACUGCUCCUAUAGCAUACUUAAAUUUGCUUAAUUUGAACAUUUGCACCAGCUUCCUGGCUCUUCCAGUCCUCUCGGCUGUUACUGCACUCCAUCUCUCAGGAUGAGCCAGAAGUCUGACUCGGAGACUGAGGGCUCCCAGGCACCAGUGAUUUAUACGGUGGAGGAACUGGAGUGCAAGAUCUGCUACAAUCGCUUUGACACCCGGUCCCGCAAGCCCAAAGUGUUGAGCUGCUUGCAUCGUGUCUGUGCCAAAUGCCUCAAGAAGAUGGUGGAGCUGGAUUCGUCUCCGAGCAUCAUCAGCUGCCCCUUCUGUCGCCAUGAGACUCAUGUCCCCGAUGAGGAGAUCUGGUUGCUUCAAGAUGACAGCAACAUCCUGGCUAUUCUGACUUACCAGGACCAGGCACGUAAGAGUGGUACCACACCCAGUGGUGAGGUGCUUUUGACGCCCAGCAGCUUGAGCGGAGGCGAGCAGGCCCACAGUUCAUCCGACUGCCUCGUCAUCACAAUCAUGGAAGUCCCCGGAGAGUCGCAGUCCUCUGACUCUAUGAGCAUGUUGAACAUGGUGCGCUUGUAUCGGCCGGCCAGCCUUGACUCCUUGCCUUGCCACCUGCCCGUGCAGAAGUGCCGGGCAUGGACGUCUCAUUCGGUUCCUCGCUUUUUGAUGGGUUUCCUCUGCCUGGUCUACUUCAGCUCGCUGCCACUGGGGAUCUACUUACUGAUGAUCCAGCAGCUCACAAUGGGAGUGAUCUUGGUCAGCCUGGUGCCCUCCACCCUGGUCCUUUGCGUGUUCUACGGCUUCUGCCAAUGUCUGUGCCAUGAGAUCAUGGAGGCCAUCGCCACAUAACACCCCAUUGGUUGGUCUUUGGACUGAUCUUUGGACUAGCCAGACCUGUAAAAGAACAAAAGCCAAAUGACUGAUGCAUACUUGCUAAUCCCAGACACCCAAUGCACCAGAUUAUACCAGCAUCUACUCCUUGUAACCCACCUCACAUUGUAUGCAGGGCCAACUAUAAUUUACUUUAGCAGCUAAGGCUUGAUUACCAAUGCAAGCUGAAAGUAAUGAUUUUGGACUGCAUCAGAUCGCUGUGUUUUUGUAUCAUGUCUAGCUCACCCAAUGGGUCUUCAACAACUGUGAUAUAAAUAACAUGCAAAAGAGGAUGAAUCUCUGUCCACACUUUAAAACAGAAACCACAGGAUGUGUUCAACAAUACUAGAUGAUUUGUUCGCUUUUCAUUAUCUUAUAAAUAUCUGUGGUAUAAUUUCAAUCAUUGUCUCAAUGUUCUCGUUGAAGUUCCUAGUUGCCUUUGUAAGGCAUAUCAAUGGCCAAGCUGUAAUGUAUAUGUUAAAUAAGUGAAUAUGUGUUUGUCAUUGCUAUGAGAAUGAACAAAUACUUUAAAGCCACCUGUUAGAUAAUCAAUAAAGAUUCUUCCAUAUCUAACAGAGCAAUGAAGUACACUUACCAUACUUGAACACUGCUGGAGUAUUGUUCUGGACAAGGACAUAAAGAUGCACUGGAUAUUCAUUGCAACUGGCAUCCUAAAAUAAAUCCAGUAACUGAUGCACAUAACUUUAUAUAAAAGGAAUACCUCCUAUAUCACAAUUUUGAGUGUGAAGCAGAUUAUAAAUAUGACUGAGUAAUUGUCAGUGCCUAUUACAGCUUUGCUGUUUUGCUAACUGAAUGAGUUAAACUUUCUGGUGUUGCUCAGGAGACUUGACCCAUGGGAGUGUACGUGUUGGAUCAAGUGACACACAGCUUUCAAACAAGCCCAAGAAACCACAAGGGAGUCAAUAAAGGAUCCCCGUCUACUCCUCCACAAUACCAUACCACUCUCCCUGUGGACAAUUAACUUCACAUAAACCACUGUGCACAGCACACAAAUUAUUACACACACCCACAUGCACACAUAUAUAUAGACAACCGUACAUACAUUCAUUAUGCAUCGAAAACCUUGUCCUCCCAACACUGCAUGUAUUUCUGAGAAAGAAAGAACUUUGACAUAGUGAUCUAUAGUGCAAGGUAUUCUGGGAGCAUGAACUGCAAGGUUUGGGCCUAAUUUUAACAAGUGUCCCUGAAGACCGGCUUCUAUAAAAGCUUUGGAAAAAGAACACAGGUGAGCGUACAAAUACAAGAAGGUUGGCAGAAGUGUCUCAAACAGGUGUAAUCACACUGAGAAGCAGGAAUACCAAAACAACUCGCAAGUUUCCGAAGACUGUGAAACCAUACGGAUAUCUUUGAGGCUCAAGUUACCAGUAAGUGGAUUUUCUCUUUUCUAAAAUGUUUGGCAUACAAAUGCAUCUGCAUGCAAAAGGGUGUAGCAUUUUAAAUGAACAUUAUCACAUCAAAACGAAUGAAAAAAUAAGGAAACAUAAGAAUUAAUGUUAAAGUGGUACAACAGUUACAACAAAAGAAAACCAGAAAGAAACCAGACUAAUAAAGGCAAAUAAUUUAUUUAUUUAAGCA